UGGAGUAGCAAUCAACCCUUCCACUCUUUCACAAGGUUCUUUAAGUAGAAACAGUUCGACCGAGAACCAUUAACCACCCGCUGGUAUCACUUUCCAACUUACUUUUUGCUUAUACUGUAUGACUAUAUAUUACAUUUAGAGUCCACCACAGCUCUCUCUCUCUCUCUCUCUCUCACUCUCUCUCUCUCUCUCUCACAGACAGACACAAACACCCCCCACCACCACUCUCUAUCUUCUCUCAGCGCGCUGCAUAGCCGCAAAGCCACAGCAAACACCUAACACGUUUCCUUUGAACUGGCACUUCUCAUCACACACACCCCGUGAUGUGAUCUUCAACUCAACUGCUUCAUUUUCUAUAAAAACAGCAGGGAGUCUUUUAUAUUCAACUGAAGUACAUUAAUAAGCACCUGGUUCCUUUUUUUAUUAUUAUUAUUUUUUUUAAAGAAGAUAAUUUAAACCUUUCACUUCUAAUUGUAGAACUGUGGAGAGAUACUCUUCAUUUCCUCAGGGUGGAGAAGCUGUUUAAGCGUCCAAGCUCUUGACGCACCUUACAAUAGCUUUAUAAAGCAUUUUUUUUUUCAUUAGUCAGGAAGUUCUACCACUUUAGUUUAAUCCUGGCAGUUACAGUACAUGCUGUAUUCAACUAAUUUUCUUUUUUAUCAAGCGUGAGUGUGAGUUGUGUUAUAGAAGGAAAAUGGUGCAGGGUAAGGCAUCUCUAGAGCAGAGCUAGUUGUAAGAAACAGGAUUAUAUGUAAAAUUCGCAGACAUUUAAUUUGUUUCUCCAUUUCCUGAUUUGGCUUCCUUAUGUUGAUCACUUAGGCGUUGAUACUGAUUUGAAUGAUCUGAUUCUGUUGUAGAAACAUCUCAAGGAUGAUCAGUGGAAACAGGAUGCACCUGAGCUCAAUUUUGAGUGUCAUGGCAAAGGCUGUGAAUACUUAUUUACAUGUGCUUUUUAAAAAAUUUUUUUUUAUUUUUAAUAAAUUUGCAAAGAUUUCAAACAAACUUCUUUCACGUUGUCAUUAUGGGGUAUUGUUUGUAGAAUUUUGAGGAAAAUAAUGAAUUGAAUCCAUUUUGGAAUAAGGCUGUAACAGAACAAAAUGUGGAAAAAGUGAAGCGCUGUGAAUACUUUCCGGAUGCACUGUAAAUCUGGAAAAGAAAAAAAAUCCACAAGAAAUUGAAGACGAUAAUACACUUUUAGGGAAGUUAAAGGUUCUUAGCUUACAAAAAAAUGGUUUUACUUGGAACCCUUUCUAAUGGUGAAAUAAUCUGUUAUAGGGUUCUGCAUAGAACCUCCAAGGUUUUUCUCCAAGGGUUCUAGAUUUAACCUUUUUGUUUAUUAAUAUCAAUCCAUGUGGUUUGACUAAGUAGCAUUAAUGACGAAAAUAUCUGAACAAUUCAAGCAAUUCUAAUCAAUCAAAAUCACUAUUCUGAAAAUAGUGCACUCCAAACCAGUGGAAUAUUUUAGAGAAAAGCUUUUGUGAUCAUGUUAGAUCCAUGUGUGUUGCGUUGUGAGGUCGUUAAUACAUUUCUUUAAUAAACAAAUAAUCACGUCUUAAUUACAUACAUUCAGCUUAUAGUGAGCAUCAGCAUUACAUAUCCGACAUCUGACAUUAAAGCAAAGUUCUAUAAUCUGCAGGUUUUAAUCGUCGUAUGACAUCACGCAGAGUUUAAAAGCAGGAGCUUUCUCCCUCUCUCUCUCUCUUUCAUUCUCUCUUUCUCUCUCUCACUUCUCACCAGUGAUCAUGUGGUUCCUGCUCAUAUAUGUCCAACUUACAGCAAUACAAGCGGAAGAUCGAAUAGUUUUACGGGGGGAAAAAAACCCAUGUGAGGGCCGUCUGGAGGUGUACCACAAUGACCAGUGGGGCUUGGUGGGCCAUCAUCAGUGGAGACCCGUAAAUGGUGAAGUAGUGUGUAAGUCGUUAGGCUGCGGUGAUCAUGUGACAUCUGGGAUUUUAUCUCAAACCGACACACACCUUUCUCCACUUGCAAUCUUUUGGAUGGAUGAGAUCAAGUGUGAGGGGACAGAGAACAGGCUCUGGGAGUGCCCCUUCAACGGCUGGAAGAUCAGUCAAUGCCACAAUCACAACUAUGUUUCGGUUAAUUGCGCAGGGAACAUUUCUCUGAGUCUGAAUCUAUUUGGAAUGACGGAUGAGUGUGCCGGGGUGGUCCAGUUCACAACACCGAAUGGCAUAAUUAGUUUGUGCAAGCAGAACUGGGAUGAUGGCGAAGCAAAUACGAAAGCAAAUAUGGUGUGCCAAGAACUUAAUUGUGGGAAAUAUCAGAAGACACUCAAGGCCAUCACAUUUGAUGCAAAUGGAAGUUCAUACAAAGUGCCCCUAACCUGUAUUGGCAAUGAAACGGUCUCAUGGCAGUGUGUGGACUGGGUAUCUGCCAAGUCAAACACAUGCCAAGAAGAAAUCAGCAUCAUCUGCUCAAAUCAUGAACGUGUCCGUCUGCGCGGUGGUGCUGAUGUCUGUGAAGGAACUUUGGAGAAGGAGAACAGCACUGAAGGAAAGUGGUCUAAUGUGUCAUGUCAAGAGGGUAAUAACAUGCUUCAUAAGAUGUGUGCUAAGCUGAAGUGUGGCGAAGCUGUCAGUGUGGAUUGCAAUGAAAGCCAGAACACCUGGCUUAAAUGCUCAGAUCGUGUCAAAAUAGAGCUAGGAGAAAGUGGGGAAAAGCCAUCAGCAUGUUCUGGGGACAUCUCCGUAAGCGUGAAUGGCUCAUACCAUGCAAUGUGCUUUGAUGCCACCACUUCUAAAGAGACGAUUGGCAAGGUGGUGUGCCGGGAGUUGCAAUGUGGAACCCCCCUCUACGUGUCGCAGGGCUCCCUAACCCAGCAGACCAAAAUUAGUCAUGUUGAAUGUCACGGAGAGGAGAAAUCUCUGUGGGAGUGCAUACACAAACGUGGCACUGUUGGCAGUUGUCAACCCAUCAAUAUUAUAUGUUCAGGCUCUCUGGACAUGCGUCUGAGCAACGGUCUGGACAGGUGCGCAGGCCAACUGGAGGUGAAAUCACAGGGUUCCUGGUGGAGCGUGAGCAGUGUAAGCUGGUCGAAGGAAAAUACAAAAAUGGUGUGUCAACACCUUGAAUGCAGAGAAUCAGAGGAUAACAAUCAUCAUCGUUUUGUCAAGAGCAAAUUGCCUCUACUGAAAUGGAAACUGGAAUGCAAUGGCUCUGACAUCUCGCAGUGUAGCAUGACAUCUGCGAAACAUGGUCAACAGGAUUCAGUUGUCAGCAUCAUCUGCAAGAAUCCUGAGCUCUGGUUUCUGCAGGGCAACUCAACGUGUGAAGGGAGAGUAAAGAGUGAAUCUGAUGGAUACUUGCAAAACAUCACCCAUGAAAGGGCUGCAGAAGUGUGUACACGGAAUCUUUGUGGAGGUGUGCUCGUCACAAAACGUGACAACAGCAACAUGGACUCCUCUGUUUGCCCUGAAAACGCAACCUCACCCUUCAACUGCUUCAAGAAGAAUACAACCACACCAACAGAACCCCAAUUUUCCUACGUGAAAUGCUCAGGCUCCAGGGAGGUGCGGUUGGAGAACAGGUGCUAUGGGAAAGUGCUGGUGUGUUCGGAUGAAAACUGUGGGGUGUGUCAGGACACCUGGACGGAAGAGCAGUCAAUAAUGCUCUGUAACAUCCUGGGCUGUGGAAAAGUGAUUAGAGAAAAGUAUAAUGGGGAGAAAAAGCCUGGAGUGACCGUGGCCAGUGUACACUGCUCUAAAGCAGCUAAGAACUUCAGCCAGUGCAACUUUGUACAACUUAAAGACACUUCCUUAUGCCAAAAUCCAGCCUAUGUUUCCUGCACAGAGAGUGUGAAUGCUGUGCUGCAGGACCCGAGAGAUAAGUGUGCUGGAAACCUUAAGUUAUUUUACUCUGGAGCAUGGUACCCACUGUGUACAAACAUUGAUAAAAAUACACAGAAUGCCAUCUGUGAAAACUUGAGCUGUGGAGAAGCCCUCAGUUUCAGCGAGUCUAUCAGCAGCACAUCUAACACCCAUGGACUGAAAAAACUCACUUGUCAUGAUGGCGGCAUUUCCAACUGUAACGUUUCUCAAACUGAAAUAGGACAAUGCAAAGUUGGCCAUCUCAAAUGCAAAGGUUGGAGAAGGCUGCUCCUCAUUGACGCUGAAAACGCCUGCAGUGGUGAACUCAAACUCCAGAAUGAUACAGGCAUCUAUGCAGUGAGCAGUGAUGGUUGGAGCAAACAGGAAAGUAAUGAACUGUGUAAAUAUCUGGAGUGUGGGAACGUGUCUGGAAUUAUGAAUAAAGAACAGGUGAAGAUGCCUUUCUGGGGCAGGAGCUACAGUUGCACAGGGAACCACACCAGCAUCUGGGAGUGUGAGAAGGAAGAGGCACUGUUGAAGAAUCGUCAUCUCAAGCAGCUGUACAUCAGCUGUAUGGACAAGCCUCAAGUGACACUCAGUGGCAACUGUACAGGUGAGGUGCGGCUUAAGAAUGAGCGUAUGUGCUACAAGUCGCAGACGAUGGAGCAGUUGUUCCAUGAGUUAUGUCAGCAGUUGGGCUGCAGCAUGUUUUUCCAAACCUGGUCCACCAAGUACAAGGGUAAUGCACGUUACUUGAGUUGCACAGGAAAGGAAAGCAACCUGUGGCAGUGCAGCUCAUGGACAGAUAAUUGCGAGGAGGUCCUCUCGCUGACGUGUACAAAGGCGCUUAAAUUAGAUUUCAGCGAGACUUGUGGAGGCGACCUUCUAGUGGACUACCGCGGACAAUGGGAACCCGUCUGUCCUCUGGAGAACAUGACCGAUGCAAAUAGGAUAUGUAGGGAGCUGGACUGUGGAAACGCCGACAAAAAAUCAGAAGGAUUGAUAGGAAAUAGAUCAAAUACAGAUAUUACAAUUAAGUGUGGAAAUGAUCAUAAGUAUCUAAAGCACUGCAUCAAAUCAGGAAGAGAAACCUGCACGAAGACGGCUGUAAUUCAUUGUGACAAGGUGCUUAAUUUAAAGUUCAGCGAGACUUGUGGAGGCGACCUUCUAGUGGACUACCGCGGACAAUGGGAACCCGUCUGUCCUCUGGAGAGCAUGACCGAUGCAAAUAGGAUAUGUAGGGAGCAGCAUUGUGGAAACGCCUUCGGAAAAUCAGAAGGAUUGAUAGAAAGUAGAUCAAAUAUUACAAUUAAGUGUGGAAAUGAGCAUAAGAAUCUAAUACACUGCAUCAAAUCAGGAAGAGAAACCUGCACGAAGACGGCUGUAAUUCAUUGUGACAGUGAGUACAAAGUUUAGGACUGCAAAGCUAUUGUUCAUGAGCCCUGGGGAGGCAGGCGUUCAUUUGUUUUGGGUCUUUAUUUCUACAUUUUGUGGUGAUCUUUGGGGUAUGCUAUGGUAUUUGUGUUUUUGUGUUUUUGUGUGUGCAUGUGUGUGUGUGUUUAUGCUAUGUUAUAGUCUUUAUUACUUUAUUUUCAUUUUCAUACAUAUUUUCAAUAUGUAUUUCAUUACAUAUUUUCAUUUUUGGAUAUGGUAUAGUUGUUUGUGUUUCUAAUUACAUUACACAUCUUGUGCUGGAUUAUGCUAAAUUUAUCACUGUCUUUUACACCACAGCACUGUUGAAUUUUCCCAUCUGAUUGGUCAGGAGUUGUUGAUUAAUAUACUAUAAAAGAAGUUCUGAAAGUAGCGCUGGCUGUAAUGCAAAUCACAGUAACAAAUUACGCAGGAGCGUGUGUGACAGAUGAUCCACAUAAUCCAAAAAUAAUAAAUAGGUGUUUAUUUAAAUUUAACACCUUUAAAUUUUAAUUUAAAGAUGUUACUACUGUAUAUUUAUAAGAAAAUGCAUAAUCAUUGAUAUGGAGAAGCUUUCUUUAAAGAGAUGUGUAUUUAAGAGUUAUUGAAGGAGUCUCCAGUGUCAGUGCUUUGUAACAAUCAGUUUUCUGUUAAAGGAAAGUCUUCAGAACAGCUGUUUAUAUGUACUAUAACAUAUUAGCUGAUAUUAGGUGAUAAUAAAAACGUGUUUUGCUGAUGCUCCACAAAAAUAACAAAAAUUCUUUAAUUAAAAAAAACAAACAAAAAGUUACUAUUGGCAAAUUGCUGUGGUAUAAUAGAUCUACACUAAUAUUAAAAUGAAUGUGUUUUAUUAUCCUUACUUAUGAAGUAGUUAUUAUUUCAAUAUAUUGCGUUGUGUGUUUUAUGCUAUAGUCUUUCUUUCUAUAUUUUUGCAGGUUAUUUUAGACAGACUCCUCCAAACACUGGACUUAUUUUAGGGCUUGUGGCUGGACUCGUGAUGCUGCUGGUGGCUGCACUGAUUGUGUUCUGGAAGAGAAAAUCUUUCCUCGCCAUAUUAAGAUUCAAGUCUUCUCCUGAAGCCACUGAUGUGGAGGUCAGCGAGAAUGAAAUGCAGACUUUGAAUGAAAAAGAUGUGCUUAAAAGAGGUAACAGUGAUGACAUUGUUACCACUGUGAAUCCCAUGGAGGAUAGCCUUAGUCAAGAAAGUGAUUCUGAACAUGACGAGGAGAAUACGAGCACAAGCAGAAGCUCCUCUGGGACUGAAUAUGAUGAUGUUGAUGAAGGAAAUGUCAAACUACCAGAAGACAGGAGCCCCACUGAGCCACUCCUUCCACCCAGACCUGACAAUUUACCUGAUGAAGUGACAUUCGAAGCUGAAGUGGAGCCGCAGGAGGACUAUGACGAUGUUAUAAUACACACUGAGAAAAGAGAAAGCUUCAAUAUCCCUGGCCCAUCAUCAGAUCUACCAUUACCGGGCUCUAAUGAUGAGGCCAAACCUCAGUAAGAUGAGUAAUCAAGGUCAUUUUUAGUUUGUAUAGAACAUUUUUAAAAAGGUGUGAAAAAAUAUUUUUCCUAAUCAAUUUUAUAUUAUACAUUAUGUUCAAUAGCAUUGGCACUAGCGUGAAUAGCAACAUGCUAAAAUAUGAAUGUGCCUUAAUUGUAAAUAUUAUCUACUGUAAUGAGGAGCAGCAAAAUUUAGGUUAAAACGUGUUUACGCAAAUCAAAUGUUCUAAAAAUGAAUGGAAUGAGGACGUUUAAAAUAUAUUUUUCUUUUGUAAUUCAUUUUUCUAUAAUGAAUAAAUAAAUAAAAAUGAACAAAAUUAUAUAUCUAAUAAUUUACAUAUUGUAUUAUUAUUACCUUUAAUGGGGAUGUGCUCCAUCAUUUUAUUUUACUUUUUUA